AUGCCUUUCUCCGACUUCAAAGAGAGAUUGGACAACAUCAUCACAAGAGCCUCUCUGGAACAACGCAGCCUUCUUCCAUGCGAUCUCAUGGACCGAAAUUCAAACACUGGUCAGAAGAAGAACUGGUUGUGCCGGCAAAUUCCAAAUCGGACUGUCAAACGCUCGCUCGGCAGCUUUACACUAUGGUCUCACAGCGGCGAAUCUGUUCUGCACACUGUUAGGUUUGAGAAGUGGUCAUCAAAUGGGGGCAUGUUGUGGUGCUGCACAGAAGGCGUUGAGGACAAGUUAGGCGCAAGUACAACAGCGGCUACCAUGGCUCAGCACUUAUCCUCUUCUCGCCAGGACAAAAUUCGCAACAGCUCGAAGGUACUGUACAUAGACGUUACCGACAUGACAGACUUUGCUGGCCGUACAGUGGAAAAGAGAUCGGAACGCUUCUGGGUAGAAAAGCUUAUAUUUGACGCCUUGGCCUUACGCGCAAGUACGGCCGCAACUCUACAAUUGCUAUUAGAAGAUCUCACAGUGGACGAUUUUCGGGUUCUCAGCUCUAUGGUUACUACAACCGGUCGCGACUUUGGAGGCCCGUUCCCCUUGAGAGAGGAACUCGUCCUCCUGACCCACACCACUGCCUCACUUAUUAUCAGUAUUGAUAUCAUCCAGGGUUAUGGAGAUGACAUUGAAGAUAUCUUGAUACCGUUACUUGACACGAUUGCUCACAACAUACAUGUUGUAUGCUCCAGCAGUAGCGAACCCGCUCUUGCUGAUAUCGUGCAAGCGCAAGUUAAAAAAAAUACUGAAUGUCAAGAUUGUCUCGAGUCAUUGGCAUUUGACAAACAAGACACCCGCCGAAGCCAGAUCGCCCACUCAAUCCAAGACACAAAUACAUGGAUAUGGCACCACCCCCAUUAUCUAGCUUGGGCUUCAGAUCGCUCUAGUAUUCUCUGCAUCGAAGGUAAGGCUGGAAGCGGGAACACUCGUGGUGGACGCACCUUGAUGUCUCAUACCUCACUCCUGAGAUCAGUGUUGCACCAGAUCCUUCAAAAGUACCCCUGUACCUUUCAGCAUAUGAGUAAAGCCUAUCGAUGCCACAAACCGGGAUCAAUUGAUCUAUGGGAAUCGUUACCGGCUAUGCAGGGCAUCCUUAACGACAUAGUUGCCACUGGCUUCGAGGUGCUAGUGCUUAUUGAUGCGAUGGAUGAGGCUGAGUCUGACCGGGAUGGCAUCCAUAACCGGAGAGCACUUUUGGCGUUUCUAAGAGAGCUCGUUGUAAACGCAGAUGAAUCACGCCUAAAGAUCAUCGUGUCGAGUAGACCGCUCCUUGAUAUGGACAUGGAAGUCUGGCGUCAUCAAAGCGACUUCGAAAACAUGCAUCGGAUUAUUCUGCAAGACGAAAACCAUGAUACCAUAUGUACAAUCGUAGAAAGGGGCAUCGAAGCUCUCCGAAAAGCCAUACGGUCCUGGAACGACGACAGUAGAAAAUACCCGAACGCAACAAAUGGUACCACAUCGAGAACGUCUGGAACCUCGAAAAAGAGGACUUUCAGCCAAUUUCAAAGCAAACAAAAUGAGCGAGAAGAGGCUAUGCUCGCGCGAACCAAGAAAUAUCUCUUGGAUAAUGCAAACGGAGUUAUCUUGUGGGUAACAUCCGUGCUGAAUAUACUGGAGUCAACCAUCAGGAAAACCAAAUACACUUUUGCUGAACUAGAGCUGAAGCUCAAGAGUCUUCCUUUCGAGUUGAGUGGCUUAUACCGGUACUACGUUGAAGACCUGGAGCGACGAGUUGACCACAAGGAAAUGCUCAAGAUCCGCAGAGCCCUCAUGUUCGUCAGUGGUGCUAAUGCGAUAAGGUCAUAUGUGACCCUGGAGGAGCUCUUGGACGCACUGGCCACUCCAAGUCAUAUCGAAGAGGCAUUGAAGUCUGAUUUAGACCCUAUCGAGCAAGGCCGUAUACACAUCAGGUCCUGGACAGACUUCUGGUGGACGUUACAUGAUAUGUGCGGACCUCUUGUGGAGGUUGUCAGCAUAAGGACGGAGAAGACCCACCCAGCGCACGGCGAGGACGAUAUUGAUGCGGAAUAUAGCGUUCAAUUGUCUCAUCGAACCGUCAAAGACUUUUUGGCCAGGCCAGAAUCUGCAGGCGUUUUAGCUUUUGAAGACGAGGAAGCGGCUGCUUUCGUCCAGGAGACGCUGCGCAACUAUGCAAUCAUUGUCAUGCCACCAGCUCCAACGCCAUACACUGGUCCAGCAGAUAGAGCCGACAGUGACUGGAAACAUGCCGUCGAAAGUAUGGCUGAAUAUCUGGACGACAAACGGCUGCUGCCAUGGAUUAUCAAUACGUUUCCGACAACCCAGAAAGAGAGGUGGGAAUCCUUUGGCAUAUUCUGUGCACGUGUACAGAAUGCAUGCAACGGAAAGCUUGUUUGCAGAUUUGGUCCUCUCCAGCCAACCACAUCACGGUCUGCAGUAGAGCACACAGGAGGCACCGUAAACACGCACUUCAUUGAUUAUGCAUGUAGCAACGGUCUGCGGAUAGCUGUGAAAGUCUUUCUCGAAAUUCUGUUGCUAGGUCUGGACCCUCACAUCAAUUACGCCGUUUACGAUGCUGUGCUGCUGGUCGCAAUCAGACAUGAAAUGGUCGACUCAAUAAAUGUAGACCUAGAUACAAGCAUCUCGGAGCCUGACUAUCGUUUUUGGAUAGAAGAAGAACAUGAUGUUCUUGGGGAGCUACAGUAUCUGAAUCCGUUCGAAAUAGCAGCAGCACAGACUGGUAACGAAGCCCUUGCGAAGAUAAUUUACGACCGGAACACUCGCGCACAAAAGGGAAUGCCGUGGGAUUUGUGGCCCUUGCUUUCCAAAGGAAGAAAAUGUUGGCGACGUAGCUCAAAAGAUUGGGAACGUUACCAAGAAUAUACGCGCAGGCUGAAGAGUGAACGGGAGCACGUCCACAAUUCAGUGGCAGAUUACGUUUCGUCCUGCAUAACGCAGGUCAGGUAUUGGGAAGCUCUCCGGAUACUUGAACAUAAUAAUGCCCUGUUCUUGAACAGACAAAGUCUGGUUGAGCCCAUACCAGUCGAGCACAUGGAGCCGGGGUCGUUGGUCUUCACAGCACGUCCGAGCCGAACUACCUCAAGAAUGUAACCUUCUCUGUACAUCGUCGCAGUGUUGUAAUACGGUCCAUUUCAUGCGAAGGCACCUGGUAAUCAAGAAACUAGCGAAGUGAUUACCUUAUUCGCAAUGCAUUCUUCGUCGUAAUCUUACACCUUCUUGAGUAUAUAUAUGGACAAAUCUGUAGACAUGGCUUGGCGUACAGAAC